UUGUUGCAAAAAUAAAAAUGCAGAUGUGGAAGUUUGAAUGGGGUGUUAUUGGUGCAUUGUGUCUGUCAGUAGCUUCUUCUGUCUCCAUUGUUAUCUGCAACAAAGCUUUGAUGACUACUCUUGGCUUUCCAUUCGCUACAACACUUACUAGUUGGCAUUUGAUGGUGACAUUUUGUACACUUCAUGUGGCUCAACGUUUAAACUUGUUUGUGACAAAGUCCAUUGAAAUGAAGACUAUUAUUCUUUUUGGAAUUUUAAAUGGUGUUUCUAUUGGAUUUCUCAACUUGAGUCUUGGAUUCAAUUCUGUUGGAUUUUAUCAGAUGACAAAACUUGCGAUCAUACCAUUCACUGUAAUAUUAGAGACCAUUUUCCUAAACAAACAAUUCAGCCAGAAAAUAAAAUUCUCUCUAUUUCUAUUACUUGUUGGAGUUGGUGUUGCUUCUAUCACUGAUCUUCAACUCAAUUUUUUGGGAACAAUUCUUUCCCUUCUAGCAAUCAUAACAACAUGUGUUAGCCAAAUUCUGACAAAUACAAUACAAAAGAAGCUAGAUGUUUCUUCCACACAGUUGCUUUACCACUCUUCUCCAUUUCAAGCCGCAAUUCUUUUUAUUUCUGGCCCUAUAGUUGAUAAAAUGCUCACCAAUCAAAGUGUCUUUGCCUUCAAAUAUUCUACAAAUAUCUGGGUAUUCAUUGUCCUAUCGUGUUUGAUUGCGGUUUCGGUGAACUUCAGCACAUUUCUUGUUAUAGGAAAAACAUCACCUGUAACAUAUCAAGUUCUAGGUCAUCUCAAAACAUGUCUUGUUCUAGGAUUUGGUUACACAUUACUCCAUGACCCUUUCAAUGGAAGGAACAUUAUUGGAAUCGUAAUUGUUAUUUUUGGAAUGGCUUUGUACUCUUAUUUCUGCGUAGAGGAGAACAAGAAGAAACAAUUAUUAACUGAUCUUCCAUUAGUCUCUACUCAGGUUAAUGACAAAGAUAGUUCACCUCUUCUAGUUGGGAAAAACAUGGGUAAACAAGAAGAGGAAAGUCAUGAGCAAAAAUAGUUAAGCAAGGAUUCUGUUAUUUAAAACAAUUGGCCAAUGUGCUCUUUAAGAUUUCACAUAUUUUGGGUGUUCUAAGGAACUUGCAAUGAAUGUAAAUCAAAUUUUGUUAAUCAAAUUUCUGAACCUUUA